AUGGCCGUCCAGCACGAAAGGCAGAAAAAAGAGGAAAAGCACACAGACAUAGAAAACUACAAAAUGGAGCCGUUCACUGAAAAGGGGCUAAAGCCGUUUUUGGAGGAGAGCGCCUUUGAAGUGAUGUUCCCAAAGCACCGGGAAAAAUACAUCCGGGACACAGAGGAGUACAUAAAAAAGGCGCUUGCGCAGAAAAAGCUGCUGCUGUCUGUGGACUACCACGAGCUUGUUCUAAAGGCGGAGACAACCGCGCACACCAGGGACCCGUACUGCAUCAUACAGGGGCGGGACUGUCUGAAGCUGCUGAGCAGGGGUGUGCCUCUGGAAAAGGCCAUUAGAGUUUUUGAAGAGGGCAUCACCUAUGACAUCAUUCCCAUCAAUGUUUUCACGCGGAACAAGGAGAUCUUCCUGAAGAGAAGAGAAAGGCUUCUGGGCCCGAAGGGAAACACGAUAAAGUCGCUGGAGCUGCUGACAGACUGCUACAUUCUCCCGUACGGAAACACGGUCAGCGCGGUCGGCCACUACAAAAGCCUGAAGGAGGUCAGAAACGUGGUUGUAAAGUGCAUGCAGAACAUCCACCCUAUAUACGAGAUAAAGCGCCUAAUGAUACGAAGAGAGCUGGAGAAGGACCCGGCCCUAAAAACAGAAAACUGGGAGAGGUAUCUUCCACAGUAUAAGAAGACGCACAGCAAGAAGAAAAAGACGGUGCAAAAGCGCGAGAAGCCCGAGGGAGGCAUGUUCCCGAUGCAGGAGGAGAGAAAGGAGGACACGGAAAUGCGAACCGGAUGCCGCUCCUCAAAGACCCGCAGAGAGAGUAAAAAAGAACAAUAA